AUGUCCGACUCUCGUCAAUCACCUGGAGCCGCCUUAGGAGCAAUUGCUAGUACACUUCCACUGCUGAUAUCUCAGCCUUUCGAUUUUAUGAAAGUUCAACAGCAGGUCCUCGCUAUAAAUCAAAAGGUAGAGAUCAUAAGAGGCAGCCCUUUGGCACAUACAGCAAUCUCUCAAAAAGGAUGGUCAGCUUUGUAUACAGGUUUUGGCCCAGCCUUAUUAAGAACUUUCACUUUUGGCAUUGGGAGAACUUAUAUAUAUUAUCAUUUCGUCUCAAAAGCAGAAAGCCAAGAUAGAUACCACUCAGUUUCUACCAUGAGAAGAACAGCCUGUUCUAUGACGGCUGCUUUUGUACUUACUUACCUUUUGAACCCUCUUGAUGUGAUCCUUACAAGAAUGCAAGCAAGCCCUGUGCUUAAACCAGAAUUGGCAUACCAUUAUCAAGGCUUGGCAUCAGUCCCUACCCUUUUAGGGAAAGAUAAGCUUUAUUGGAAAAAUAAGCUGAAUUUUAUAUUAUAGCAAUAGAAAUUUUAUAGAAAAAACAUGGAGUAGCUGUGAAAUGUAUUGUAAGGUCAUUUUGGUAGGAUUAUGCUUAAAGGAGCUUUCGCAAACUCCCUUCAAAAAUCUAUGAUAGCUUUCGGCAUGCUUGGCACCUAUGAUCAAGCUAAGUCUUUUUGGGCCAAUAACUGGGGAGACGUGACUGGAGUAAAACCUUUGGCAGCAAUUUUUGCAUCUAUUACAGGCGGGAUCUUCGCCUUGCCAUUUGACAACAUUAAAACUAAGCUGCAGGUCCAAAAAGAAGGGAAAGAAAUUUACAGAAACUUCUUAGACUGUUUUUUCAAAACACUGCAUAGAGAAUCCGUAUGGGGAUUUUACGUUGGGUAUUGGAGCUUUGUAGGAAGACUAUUCGUCAACUCGCUCUUACCAAUUUAUCUUUUGGAAUUCUUGCGCUCAAGAACCUCUUCUUAA